AUGGCCAAUCAGACGGUGAGUCCCGCGAUCGGGGCGUGUCUUCGGCGCUCAGUUUCUCUUUUCCGCUAUAUUAUAGACACUGCGAUGUCGUCAACCAAUGCUGACCACAACUCUGACCAAUCAGUAGACAGUUCCUCGAAACCCAUCUUCACCAUAAACACAGCGCCCGACGCCAACACCACAGACGACAACUGCUCCGACGACGACGACUCGCGCCACCUCUCCAUCGAGACCAUGGACUCGAAGCGCUUCCACAGACAGAGUCGACAACUGCGACAAUCCAUGUCUGGGAUUCACCUCUCGCUGCAAGACCGCGACCGCCAGGACCUGACGAUCGCGACGCCCGAAGAGUUCAUCAAACGCUUCAACGGCACGCGCGUCAUCAACAAGAUCCUGAUCGCCAACAACGGCAUUGCGGCCGUCAAAUGCAUGCGCAGUAUUCGGCGCUGGAGUUACGAGAUCUUCCGCAACGAGCGCGCCAUUCGCUUCGUCGUCAUGGUUACGCCCGAAGACCUGAAGGCCAACGCGGAGUACAUCCGGAUGGCCGACCACUACGUGCCGGUCACGGGCGGCGCCAACAACAACAACUACGCCAACGUCGAGCUCAUUGUGGACAUCGCGAAGCGCAUGAGCGUGCAGGCCGUGUGGGCGGGUUGGGGCCACGCCUCCGAGUACCCGAAGCUGCCCGAGCUGUUGGGGAAGGCGGGCAUCGCCUUCAUGGGACCGCCGCAACAGGCCAUGUGGGCGUUGGGCGACAAGAUCGCCUCCUCCAUCGUGGCGCAGACGGCGAACGUGCCGACGCUGCCCUGGUCGGGCUCGGGACUCGUUUGCGCCGACUGGAAGGACGGCAAGACCUUUAAGAUCGCGCCCGACCUCUACCGCAAGGGCUGCGUCCACGACAUCUCCGAAGGCCUGAUUGCGGCGCAAGAGAUCGGCUUUCCGGUCAUGAUUAAGGCGUCGGAAGGCGGCGGCGGAAAAGGCAUUCGCAAGAGCGAGUCGACGGACGACUUCCCGCAAAUGUACCGCCAGGUGCAGGCGGAGGUGCCCGGCAGCCCCAUCUUCGUCAUGAAACUGGCCAAAUGCGCGCGACAUCUGGAGGUGCAACUGCUGGCCGACCAGUACGGGAACGCCAUCUCUCUGUUCGGCAGAGACUGUUCCAUUCAGCGCCGCCACCAGAAGAUCAUCGAAGAGGCGCCGUGCAUUGUGGCCGAGGAGGAGACGUUCGCGCAGAUGGAGAGGGCAGCCGUGCGUUUGGCCAAAAUGGUCGGCUACGUGUCGACCGGAACCGUGGAGUACUUGUACGACCCGAACGAACAGCGCUUCUACUUCCUGGAACUCAACCCGCGCCUCCAAGUGGAGCACCCGUGCACUGAGAUGGUGGCCGACGUCAACCUCCCCGCCUGUCAGCUCCAGAUCGCGAUGGGGUUGCGCUUGAAUCGCAUGAAAGAGAUCCGUCUGCUGUACGGCGAGAACCCGUGGGCCGACGGAGAGAUCGACUUCGAGAGGGCGCGCUCCCGACCCUGGGGUCACGUGAUCGCCGCCAGAAUCACGUCCGAGAAUCCGGACGAAGGCUUCAAACCGUCGUCGGGAACCGUUCAGGAACUCAACUUCAGAAGCUCGAAGAACGUGUGGGGCUACUUCUCGGUGGGCGCGUCGGGCGGUCUGCACGAGUUCGCCGACUCGCAGUUCGGGCACUGCUUCUCGUGGGGAGAGGACAGAGAGGACGCGCGCGAGAAUCUGGUGCUGGCGCUCAAAGAGCUGUCCAUCAGAGGCGACUUCAGAAUGGCGGACAGAGAGGACGCGCGCGAGAAUCUGGUGCUGGCGCUCAAAGAGCUGUCCAUCAGAGGCGACUUCAGAACGACUGUCGAGUAUUUGAUAACUCUGUUGGAGACGGAGGACUUCCAGAAGAACGUGAUCAACACGGGAUGGCUCGACAAACUGAUCGCCGAACGCGUGCAGUCGGGCAAACCCAACACUUCUCUCGCCCUCAUCUGCGGCUGCAUUCAUGUCGUGGAUUCGCAACAACAGGACAAUUGGCAACACUUCCAGCUCUCGCUGCAAAGAGGACAAAUACUUCCGGCCAACACUCUGUCAAACACGCAGAACGUGGAACUCAUCUACGAAGGCGUCAAAUACGUGGUGAACGUGACCAAAGCGGGCAACAGCUCCUACUUCCUCGUCAUGAACAACACGUGCAAAGAGGUGGAAGUGCACCGCAUGUCCGACUCCGGACUCCUGCUCUCCGUCGACCACUCGUCGCACACCACUUACAUGAAGGAAGAAGUGGACAGAUAUCGCGUGACGAUCGGCAACCGAACGUGUGUUUUCGACAAAGAGAACGACCCGACGAUUCUGCGCUCUCCGUCCACCGGAAAACUGCUGCAAUUCCUGGUGGAGGACGGAUCGCACGUGUAUUCCGGUCAGGCGUACGCCGAGAUCGAGGUGAUGAAGAUGGUCAUGACUUUGACCACUCAGGAGUCGGGCAUUGUUCAGCACGUGAAGAGGUCGGGCGCUGUUCUGGAGGCCGGAUCUAUUCUGGCGCGUCUCGAACUGGACGACCCGACGCGCGUCCAUCGCGCAGAACUCUUCACUCUGGGUUUCGACGCGUUGUGCGAAACGGACUCAGACGUGGUUUCGCACGCGUUGGCGGUCAUCGACGGCCACAACAGCAAUUCGGAGACCAAACUGAACGUCUCGUUCACGACCGCCAAAAACCACUUGGAGAACAUUUUGGCCGGUUUCGGACUUCCCGAACCCUUCUUCAGCCAAAACAUGAACCUCUAUGUCGAGCAGUUCAUGGAAUGUCUGCGCGAUCCUCGACUUCCGCUUCUCGAGCUCCAAGACAUCAUUUCGUCGACUUCCGGCAGAAUUCCAUCUCAAGUGGAAAAAUGCAUUCGAAAACUAAUGAACAACUAUUCGAGCAACAUAACCGCCAUUUUGGCCGCUUUUCCGUCGCAACAAAUCGCUUCCGUCAUCGACUCCUAUGCGGCCACUCUUCAGAAGCGCGCCGACAGAGACGUCUUCUUCCUCAACACUCAGGGAAUCGUCCAAUUGGUCCAAAGAUAUCGCAACGGUAUUCGCGGGAGAAUGCGUUCUUGCGUUCAGGAAUUGGUCCGCAAUUACAUCGAAGUGGAGCAACACUUCCAAAGCGGUCAUUACGACAAAUGCGUUUCUCAGUUGCGCGAGAAGUUCAAAGAGGAGGGCAUGGCGUCCGUCGUGUCGCAGAUCUUCUCGCAUCUGUCGGUCACCAAAAAGAAUCAACUCAUCAUCAAGCUGAUCGACCACUUGUGCGGACACGAGCCGGGCAUCACCGACGAGUUGUCGUCCAUUCUGAACGCGCUGACAAUCCUGAACAAAGCGGAGAACGCGAAGGUGGCGCUGCGCGCGCGCCAAGUGCUCAUAUCGGCGCAUCAGCCGCCCUUCGCGCUCAGACACAACCAGAUGGAGUCCAUCUUCUUGUCCGCCAUCGACAUCUAUUCGCACGAAUUCGAGCCCAACGUUCUCAACAAACUCAUUCUCAGCGAGACUUCCAUUUUCGACGUUUUGCACCAAUUCUUCUACCACUCCAAUGUCGUCGUCCGCAGAGCCGCGCUCGAGGUGUACGUCCGGCGCGCCUACAUCUCCUACGAGAUGGUGUCUCUGCAGCACUCGGUGCUCGGCUCCCCGGAGCGCCACUCCGUCGAGAGCCUGCACUCGCGGUCGUCGGCCGUCUCGCGCGACGCCUCGAUUCCGUGCGCGGUCUACCACUUCAUUCUGCCCUCAAGCCAUCCGUCGCUCGUCGGCAACAACGCGUCGUCGACGGCCGCGCCCUCUAUCGCCGUCAUCUCCGAGUCUUCGGACGAGAACCAAAUCGUGUCUUUCGGCAACUAUCGCAUCGGAUUGAUCGCCGCCUUCAACACCACCGAACAAAUGGAGACGCGUUUCGACGAUUUGCUCGAUAUUUUGAGUCAAUCGGAAGAAGAGAUCGCAGUCGACAAUCAGUGGCAACAAACACAAGGCGGCGAUGUCUCCACUUCGCCGCCCAAUCGCCAGAGAAGCGGCUCUCUUCUGGUGGCGCGCGAGAGAACGCAAUCCAUCUCUUUCCAGGCGCUCAUCGAAGACGUUGAGCCCAUUUAUAUCGUCAACAUUGCCAUCAAAUCCGACGGAUCCGAAGACGCCGUUCUCACCAAACGCUUCCAACAGUUCUGUAUGACUCGAAAGGCGGACCUCGAGAAGCACUCGAUCCGAAGAGUGACGUUCAUUGUGUGCGACAAAUACCGUUUCCCGCGAUAUUUCACGUACAGAUUUCGCAGCGGUUACGUCGAGGACACCAUUUAUCGCCACUUCGAUCCGGCGCUCGCUUUCCAUCUGGAGAUCAAUCGUUUGCGAAACUACGACUUGGAGGCGAUUCCGACCGCGAGUCAGAAGAUGCACCUCUACCUGGGAAAGGCCAAAGUGAUGGCUCCGGGACAACAGGUGACUGACUUCCGGUUCUUCGUGCGCACUAUUAUCCGUCACUCGGAUCUCAUCACGAAAGAGGCGUCGUAUGAGUUCCUGCAAAACGAAGGCGAAAGACUUCUUCUGGAAGCGAUGGACGAACUGGAGGUCGCUUUCACGCACUCUUUGGGACCGAAGACCGAUUGCAAUCACAUUUUCCUGAACUUUGUGCCGAAGAUUCUGAUGGACCCCUCGAAGAUAGCGGAAAACGUGCGAAAUAUGGUCAUGCGUUACGGACCGCGACUCUGGAAACUGCGCGUUCUUCAGGCGGAGAUCCGAAUGAUCAUCCGCUCGACGCCCACAUCCAAGUGCACGCCUUUCCGCCUGUUGUUGGCCAACGAGUCGGGCUAUUACUUGGAUAUGCAUCUCUAUAAGGAAGUGCUGGAUCCCGUGUCGGGCGCCAUGAAGUUCGAGGCGUGGACCGGAACCGGCAAACCGGGACCGCUGCACGACCUGACCAUCUCCACGCCUUACAUGACGAAAGACUACUUGCAGUUGAAGCGCUUCCAGGCGCAGAGCAACGGCACCACUUAUAUCUACGACUUUCCCGACAUGUUUCAGGCGGCGCUCAUCAAACUGUGGGAAGAGUAUCUNCCACGCCUUACAUGA